GCAGUCAUCGCAAAAACCACGGCGUUCGAUCUAAUAUAAUUAGGGUCCUUGUGAGAGAGCACGUCGAACUGAAUACAUUUCGCUGGUUCUCAUGGGAAUGAAACAUUCCUCCCGCUGCCUGCUCCUAAGGAGAAAAAUGGCGGAGACUGAGAACUCGGAGCAGCCUCCUGUCAGCAUUGCCCCAUCCCAGGCCCUGCAGCCCACCCCACUGCCCAAACCCAUCUCUUCAGCCCACCAUGUCCCACACAAGCCCCACACACCUCACCCAGCUACCCUGCCCAGCUGCCCAGGGCGGGGGAAGAUGGCCAAGUUCCUCAACCCAGAGGAGAUGACCUCUCAGGACUACUACUUUGACUCUUAUGCCCACUUCGGCAUCCAUGAGGAGAUGCUGAAGGAUGAAGUGAGGACACUCACCUACAGGAACUCCAUGUACCACAACAAGCACGUCUUCAAGGAUAAGAUUGUCCUGGAUGUGGGCAGCGGGACCGGCAUUCUCUCCAUGUUUGCCGCCAAAGCAGGAGCCAAGCACGUGUACGGGAUCGAAUGCUCCAGUAUAUCUGAAUACUCAGAAAAGAUCAUCAAGUCCAAUCACCUGGACAGUGUCAUCACCAUCUUCAAGGGGAAGGUGGAGGAGGUAGAGCUGCCAGUAGACCAGGUGGACAUCAUCAUUUCCGAGUGGAUGGGUUACUGCCUCUUCUACGAGUCCAUGCUGAACACUGUCAUCUUUGCCCGGGACAAGUGGCUGAAACCCGGAGGGCUGAUGUUCCCAGAUCAAGCAGCACUGUAUGUGGUGGCCAUCGAGGACCGGCAGUACAAGGACUUCAAGAUCCACUGGUGGGAGAACGUUUAUGGUUUCGACAUGACCUGCAUUCGGAACGUGGCAAUUAAAGAGCCUCUGGUAGAUGUUGUGGACCCCAAGCAAGUGGUGACCAACUCUUGCCUGAUAAAGGAGUUAGACAUCUACACAGUCAAGACAGAGGACCUGUCCUUCACCUCCGCAUUCUGCCUUCAGAUCCAGCGCAACGACUACGUUCAUGCCCUGGUCACCUACUUCAACAUUGAGUUCACCAAGUGUCACAAGAAGACAGGCUUCUCCACGGCGCCUGAUGCUCCCUACACACAUUGGAAGCAGACAGUGUUCUACCUGGAGGACUACCUGACCGUCCGCAGGGGAGAGGAGAUCAUUGGCAGCAUCACUAUGAAGCCCAAUGAGAAGAACAUUCGGGACCUGGACUUCACCCUCGAGUUGGACUUCAAGGGACAACUGUGUGAGGCUGCCAUCUCCCAUGACUACAAAAUGCGCUAGGCUCCCAGCAGAGGGCGCUGACAGCGGGAGCCGGGAACACUGUAGAAGGGUUACAUCUAGGGUGUCAUAAGCAUAAGGAGGGGAAAAGAGCAAUAACUCCAGGACAGUUGGCACCACCUCAAGCCAAUGCCUUGGACCUCAUGUAACUUUAAUGCAAAGUGAUAUGAAUUUGAGAACGCAGAUUUUUCUGUAACAGAAAAAUUUUAUUUGAAUCUGAUUUUUAUGUAAUCCGUGAGAGCAUAAUAUUGAGUUGUGCUGUUGAUUUUUAACUGUCACAGUGGUUGUAGCUAAAUAAAUGGGGCAUUUCUUGCACUUAUUUAUACAAUAUACACAUAAAUUAUGACAAAAUCUCCUGUUACUGACUCCUAUUCUGUCAUUACAUU